AUGAGUUCACCAGCUGUCCCGGCAAAUCUCACUCAUUAUCAACAGCCCGAAACUCUUCUACACCAGCUUAUUUCCUGUAUUAACAAAAUUUCCCAGGAUAAGAGCUUUCAGCAGCUACAGAUCAUCCUCAAAGACCAUGGGAUUGUUCAAGAGAAGCUCCGCGCCACAGACAGUGCGUACAGAAAGAAUUUGGAGGAGCUGGCUCAACUGACUGCGGAUAAAAAAGCCGAAAAGGAACGAUUGACGAAGAAGAUUUUGGAGCAGAACUCGGAGACCAACAAGGCCUUGGAGGACAAAAUGACAGUCCAUAGAAAACUUGAGGCACAGAAAACCAUAAACGCGGACUUGGAAUCAACGAUUAAAUCACUCGAGCAGGAGCUAAACCGAGUGGUUGCACACAGCAAGAAGCAUGAGGAAUCCGUUGACAAACACAAGACCAUCCUUGAGAAGCAAAAGGAGCAGAUAGAAGCCGCAAAACAAGAAGUCGCUACAGCAACGAACAAGUUGAAGAUGGCUAGCGAUCAAUUAGGCGUAAAGUCCGACGCCCUGAAAGAAACCGAAAGAAAACUUGGGUUGUUUUAA